CGAUCAGUACAGACCACAGAAACAGACGCCAGCUCAUAUUGAUAGACUGUAUAUGAUUUAUAGACCAUCUGUACAGACAAAGAAUGAAGUGCUGGGAUUUGAAGGGAUCUGAAGAUAUGACUGAGCCAGCAGGAAGCAGCAGUGGGUAUGAUCAGGGAGGCAUGGACACUUCUCCUACAACCACUGAGAAGACCAGCCCAACAGAAAAUACCAAAGUGAGGAAGAGCAACAACAUCUGUGCAUUCUUCCGAAGAAGAUGGAAGGCUGUGAAAAAAAUCUUCCAGAAAAACAGAGUGGCGCCCAUUGGGAGCUCAGCACAGCCUGAUCCAGAAACAGUAUGUGUCCCAGGUCCAAGCGAUCCUAAACCAGAACUUCAGAUGGAUCUGGUUGAAGCAGAGCAAUUGUGUGUCCUAGGUCCAGUCUGUCCUAAAACAGAACAGCAAGUGGAAACAGAGCUUUCAAUAUUACAAAUGUAUAUCCCACAAAGUGCGAUCCAACUUCAGGAUCGCUUGGAGCAAUGUACACUGGACUGGACACCUAUCACCGAGGUCUGGUGCAAUGUCUUCAUUGGAAAUGAGGAGACAGCAAAGGACCGAGCAAAACUGAAAGAGAUGGGUAUAACCCACAUCCUGAACGCUACAGCAAGUGAGGAAGAUCUUUAUGGAAAGAUCAGUUCAAGGGAGGAAUAUUACCAAGGCAUGAGCAUCACUUACUAUAAUGUGCCUGCAGUGGAUGAAGUCUGGUUUGACAUCAGCAAGGACUUCUUCCCAGCUGCGGACUUCAUCCACAAGGCCCUGAGUAACCCAGAGAAUAAGGUGUUGGUGCACUGCAUACAUGGUGUCAGCCGCUCUGCCACACUUGUCCUGGCAUACCUGAUGAUUCACCAUGACAUGAUGGUGGAGGAUGCCAUUGACCAUGCCACAAACGUGAGAUGGAUUGGGCCCAAUGAGGGCUUUUUGAAUCAGCUGACAGUCCUCAAUUCAGAUCUUGUAAAGCAGCAAAAACUACAAUUAAGAAAGCAGUUAGACAAAUAUAAAAAACAAGGUGAAGCCUGUUUUAGAGCCCCAGGCCCAAAACAAGAACCUCAAGGUAAAACAGAGCUUUUGCUAUUAAAAAAGCAUAUGAAGCAAUGCCAAGAAAAAUGUGCACUGGACUGCACACCUGUCACUGAGGUCUGGCCCCAAUGUCUUCAUAGGAAAUGACUGUUGGUGCACUGCAUAGAUGGUGUCAGAAGAUCUCCCACACUUUCUGAUGAUUCACCGUGACAUAAUGUUGGAGGAUGCCAUUGACCAUGCAAUAAAGGUGAGACGUAUCAGGCCCAACAUGGGGUUCUCGAAGCAGCUGAUAAUCCUCAAUUCAGAACUUGUAAGUCAGAGAAAACUACAGUUUAAAACUAGACAGACCUACAUAAAACCCACAGAUAAAUAAAUUACAUGAACAAAAUUAAAACAAUUAUCCAGUAAUCAUAAAUACUUAAAACCUUAGGACAGAAAUUUCAA